GCGGUGCAUUCCCCUUUGGCCGUGCUGAAUCUGUACUGGGCUUUCAUGUGGGAACCUCGCAACGACGAAAGUCCCCAUGCCAUGGUGUCUCUCCUUUGGAACGAUGAGGUGGAAGGGACUCUGCUGGUGGUGGCCGCAGCGCCAUGGCUGGGGUGGUUUUGGUGUCCCAAAAAGGAGGAAUCCAGAGAACUUGGCGAUGGUUGCGAUGGGAUCAGUCCGUUUUGGUGACCAAAAACCGGCUGGAGAGAGGGUUGGACGUGAUCCCCAUCACACUUGGAGAGGGGGCGGCAGCCUCCGCCGGUCGAGAGAUGUGACAUGUUCAGCUAGCUAGCCAGAAAGUCCGUGGAUCACGUGCAAAAGCUGUUUUAGAGGAUUGGCUUUGCCACCAAACUUGAAAAGGAUAGAAAAGUUGGACACUUGGGUUAACCCUUUAUUCUCCAGGGAAACUGAGGAAUCAAUUUAGGAUCUGGCAACAACGGAGGGAUCAAAGUGAUUAUACACAGCCAGCAUGGUCCUAGCCUUCCAAGACUGUGUUUCACAUGGUUGACCUGGUUUUGUAGUGUUGCGAGGCUGGAGUUGGAAAAGGAUUUUCCAUGAUCACAGGCUUGAUCACAGUCUUUCACUUCCAUGGUAGGAGGGACGAGCACAUGGACCCUCAUGUCAUCACCGGUGGUUGUUUUUUUGUUGAAGAGCCUUGGCUUGUUCUCUCAAACAGCUUCCGGAAGACACAGAAUCUUCGAUCUCCACCAUUCUUUGGUCGCCUCCCACGUUCCCAGAAGGGCCAGCCAUCUUUGGCCACUUCGCCCAUCUUCGCCUCGCACCUCUCCGUUUCGAUGCUUUUCGAUGCAUGGGACUCUGGGACUUCCGUGCUGCGCCGUCUCGCGCCAGCGCCGUCUCCCGUCGCCAGCGCCGUCGCCGUCAGGCGUGUGUCUUCGCCGUGGUGGCCGUGAUCGUGAAGACCGAUCCGUUGCCGGUGCCGAUCCGUUCCGCCACGGCGUUCUGCCACGUUCCGCUUCGCGGAAGACGAAGCAGGAGGAGUCGCGUUUCUUUUUUUUCUGCGUGUGUGAAGGAAUCAGGAGUCAUGGGAGCAUGCGGGGUUUUUGUUCAGAGUCUGCGAGUGGCUGCUGAAAACCGUUGGCUGGUCAAGCGACAGACUUGACUGACGGGAGGUGCUCUUGGCGACGGAACUCCGAUUUGUGGUGAGCUGGAUAAUCUCCAUAGCCUUCAUGCUCCUCUUCCAGAAGAAGCUCAACCUCCGCUGGCUUGGCCCUCCUGGCAGCCAGAGAUGGCUUAUCCUGAAGGGCGUCUUGCAGGUGUCCUUCAUCACCUGCUGGUGGACUGCGCUGCAAAGGGCACCGGUGGGGAACUGCGUGGCCAUCAUCUACAGCUCUCCAAUUUUGACCUCCGUCUUCUCACGGCUCUUGCUCAAAGAGCCUUUGGGAAGUCAGUUUCCCUUGCAGGUGCUUCUGUCAGUGAUUGGUGUGAUGCUCAUCUUGGGCCUGCCCUUCCACGGUCUCUUGUCGGUGGCCUUCUGGCGCCACUCCUGGUCCUCCAGCGGGGAGGAGUACCACUUUGUCUUCUUGGCGCUGCUCUUCAGUGCUUUGCUGCCACUGGUCACCAAGCAGACUCAGGAAUGCAGCUGGAUUGAGGUGGUGCACGUGACUGCUUUGUUGGCCUCGUUCCUGCUGAACCCUGCGCUACUCCUGGGUGAUGUGCUCCUGGGUGGGGGUCAUGCCAUUCCAGGCGACGGGCUCGGUGUGCGUGAGGCGGCGCUGAUCAUCCUCGCAGCUGGCGGAUCCUUCUUGGGUGUAGCUCUGGAGACCAGGGGUUAUCAGCUGGCACAGGUGGGCCGGGCCUCCAUGUUUAGAUAUGUGGAAGUGCCUUUCGCCUACUUCUUGCAGACGUGCUUCACUCAUGAGCAGGUGAAGUUCCGAGCGCUUCUGGGGUCGAUGUCUGUGAUCGCAUCAGUGGCUCUGGUGCUCGACUGGAACAGCCUCCCCAUGGCGGACACCCAUCACUUCGGUACUCGCCUUUUCCGCGCAGAGAAGCAAAAGAGAAGCGGCGCGAUCGGUGCGCAGAGAUUGGAGACGCCGAGCGAAGCGUUCUUGGUGAGGCUACCUGGCAACUCGGCUGAAACGGACGCGUCGCGAGGAGAGACCAUCAGUCCCAAAGCGACCUUGGAGCAGUUUGACUUUGACUUGGAAAAGGGCUGCUGCUGGAACUCCCAGGCUGGUGCGACGAAGCUUCGGCAACCACCGCCACCCAGCAGCUUCCUCCAACGGUACACCAUCGUUAGCUCCUCUGUGAACAGUGACGAAUUCCACCUGAUGAACGAAGGUUUGGAGCUCCUGAUGAUCGCCAGGCGAAAGCCAGACAAGCAGAGCAUUGACUUCUGGCUUCCUGAGGAUGGGGAACAGCAGGCUCCGCCUGUGCCAGCCUUCUGCAUGAGAUACCAGAAGGAGGGCGACGAGUGGGUCCUGGUGCAGUCUCGCUGUGAGGGCUGUGCGCAUCGGCCUUUCCACCUCACCUGCGACUUCUUGGGGCGAGGACAACAGGUGGCUCGCAUUCAGCACACCCGACGAAGAGUGGAGAAGUGCAAUGUGCACUUCGUGGACUUAUAUGUGCCUCCGCUGCUCAAUGAGCAGUCCACUCUUUGGUGUCCCGCUUGUACUAACAAGGACUUGGGAAGCAAGACGCCCCUCAGCGUGGGAGGCAGCAGCAGCCCUACAACCAAGAGCCCAUCCUUCCACUUACUGCCGCCCGAGGGCGCCGCCGCGCUCCACCUCCAAUCGAAGCUUCCAACCUGGAGCUCCGAGCUGGAGAGUUUGAUCCAAAACUUCGAGGACCGGGUGGGGCUGCAUCCAUCCCCUCGGAAUUUCAUGGUCCAAGCAGAGGGCAAGGUGGUGAUGCAACACGCACAGAUCGCAGAAAACACAUGGUGCCUAGACUUCAAACAUCCGCUCUCAGUGAUCCAGGCCUUCGCUGGUGCGAUGUCCUCUUUGGAUUGGGAUUAA